GUCUUCGUUCAUAACAAGUCCAAACAAUGCCGGUUACAUUCUUUCCCGGCUACAUUAAAUUUCAGCAAAUGAUUCGUCCUCAAUCGCCAACUGAACUGCGUUGCUGUCUACCGCGGAGCCAUGCCCGCCGACCGCGAUGCCAGUGCUCAAACUAGCUUGGAUAUGAUCAAAGCUAGGAAGGAAACAUCCAUAGACAUAGUCAAUGUCAGGCAGUUCAUUUACAAUGGACGGGAGGAGUGGCGAAGGAAAGAGAAGCUAGUUGAAAUAGUAUCCAAGGAUCCCGUGUUUGACAAAAGUAAAAGAGAAUGGAUGACACGAACAGAAAAGUACACUCGGGGUUUAAGAAUGACCAAUCGAAUUCAUGAAUUGGAACAAUUGCUUGGUUGGAGCAAACAGGACACCACGAUCGCUACAUCACUAUUGGACGAUUCCUUGCCAAUCUCCCUCCAUGUCACUGCAUUUGAACCUGUCUUCCUUCUCCAAGCUUCGCAAGAACUUCUCGACAAGUAUGCUGGUGUUAUUGCUUCCCGCGGAAUUUUCGGUUGUUACCUGCAAACCGAGUUGGGUCAUGGAAGUAAUGUUGCGGCUCUCGAAACAACCGCGUCAUAUAUUCCACAAACGAAAGAGUUUGAGAUCCACUCUCCUACACUUACGAGCAGCAAGUGGUGGAUUGGAGCGCUUGGAAAGACUGCAACACAUGGUGUUGUUCAAGCUAAACUUAUUUUGCCAGGAGGUGUGGAUAUGGGCCCGCAUUUGUUUUUUGUUCAGUUGCGUUCGCUAGACACACAUGAGUUGCUACCUGGGAUAAUAGCUGGAGAUAUAGGACCUAAAUCAUUCCAUGGAUUCGCUGCCACAGACAACGGAUUCGCCCGUUUUUUCCACAUUCGAAUACCCAAGGAGCACAUGCUUUCUAAGUUCGCUCAGGUAACUGACGAUGGAAAGUAUAUUCAACCUCCGCAUACGAAGAUCAGUUAUGGUGGAAUGUUGUAUAUUCGAUCGGGCAUGGUGACCACUGCUGGCUGGGUCACGGCGAAAGCUGCCGUCAUUGCAAUUCGUUACGCAACUGUUCGAAGACAGGGCACAAGAGGUCCAGACGGAUUGGAGAAACAAGUCAUCACCUACCCCUCGCUGCAUAUUCGGCUACUUCCUAUACUUGCUCGGGCCUAUGUGUUUAUCGGCCUAGGAAGAGCACUGAGCCAGUCAUUCCAAACCAUGGUUCAACGCUUGUCCGGUGGUGACACCUCCCUCUUAGCCGAAAUGCAUGCGACAACGAGCGGUCUCAAAAUCCUUUGUACAACCUCCAGUGUACAAGAUGUGGAAAAUGCACGGAGGUCAAUGGGUGGCCAUGGUUACAGUGCCUUCAGUGGCGUUGGGAGAUUGUACGCGGAUGUGAUACCUAGUGUAACAUAUGAAGGCGAGAACUUUGUGUUAGACCAGCAAGUUGUUCGUGCAGCUUUAAAAGCCUUCCAUAGCCUGUUUGGCACAGAAGGAAAAAUUCGUCCUUCGCCCUCGACCGUAAGAGGUCUCACCGCAUCGUCAUAUUAUCUCAGGCUCCUCUCGUCGCCUACGAAAGAACCUCCAUUUUUAGAAGACGGCGACGGGUCGAAAUCAUCGUGGAACGACUUCGAGACACUGAUAUUACUGUUGGAGUGGCGUGCGGCACUGCUCGUACACGAAAUGGCACAGACCGCACAUGAUCCAGAUGCAACGCUUUUCCAGAGGGUAUCCAGGGGCACGACGGAAGCCUUCGUAGGGCGGAGAGUUGGUGAGAUGAUCAAUGACUUCAGGAAAAAUUCUGAGCUGCAGGAGAGUGAUGUGGCGGUUUUGAGUCGAUUGUAUCUAUUGUAUCUCCAAACCACUAUUGAAUCUGCCCUCGCCGACUUCCUUUCCUUCGGUUUACUUCGCAUCAAGAACCCUUCUCGUGUAAGAGCAUCGAGAGACCCAACUCGUGGGCUACGUUUGGCUAUAGCUCGAAACUGUCUUAGCCUGGUACCAGAAGCUGUUGGGUUGACUGAUGCGCUGGGGUUCUCAGACUGGGAGUUAGACAGUACCUUGGGCAUGUAUGAUGGGAAUGUAUACCAAGCAUUAUGGGAUAAGGCGCAGACAGAGCCCUUGAAUGAUAAGGAAAUACCGGAUGCUUAUGAGGAAUCGAUCAAGCCUAUGCUCACAAGGGGACAACAAAAGCUAACUGAGAGGAAGUGGGAAACAAAACUGUGAAUGCCCAUACAAAAAUCGAGUGAAUGAGAAGUUAUUUGUCACCGCCGACUUGACCAUUCUCACUUUACCAUCCCAUCUAGGAUGAGCAUUUGCUGUAGUCUAUAAACUACUGAACACGAUGAGUCUCAUGUACCAUAUUUUACAAAUUUCUCUCAAAUCGUAUCCAUGUAAAUCAAUUAUUAG